CACUCACUCCCUUGCGCUUCAUCGGACAUUGAGCAGUCGAUAGCCAGAGAGCAGCUCCAAGCUGUACCUACGUCACCCGGCAUGAGAACAGGCAGCCACUGGACCAGGUUUCAGUGCUGAGGAUGGAGUAGAGCUGGAACUCUGGGGACCAGUCCUGGAGCCAUCUAUGCCCUUAACUUCUCUGAGAGUCUUACCAUGGACUCUCCUUCAGGGCCCAGAGUCCCACCAGGCUUAACACAGGAUCCCAGCCUUACAGCCAGCACUGUCCUGCACAGCCAUUGGAACAGCACUCAGAUGGUCUCCACAAGAGCCCAGCUUCCAUCUGUGAGUCCCACGGCAUCCGGACCUGAGGCUGCUGCCUGGGUCCCCUUCCCCACGGUCGAUGUCCCAGACCAUGCUCACUAUACCCUGGGUACGGUGAUCCUGCUGGUGGGGCUCACAGGGAUGCUGGGCAAUCUCACAGUCAUCUAUACCUUCUGCAGGAGCAGAGGCCUGCGGACACCGGCAAACAUGUUCAUUAUCAACCUCGCCAUCAGCGACUUCUUCAUGUCGUUCACGCAGGCCCCGGUCUUCUUUGCCAGCAGCCUCUAUAAGAAGUGGCUCUUUGGGGAGACAGGUUGCGAGUUCUAUGCCUUCUGUGGAGCUGUCUUUGGCAUCACUUCCAUGAUCACCCUGACAGCCAUAGCCCUGGACCGCUAUCUGGUGAUCACACGUCCACUGGCCACCAUCGGGAUGGGAUCCAAAAGACGGACGGCCCUUGUCUUGCUAGGUGUCUGGCUCUAUGCUCUGGUUUGGAGCCUGCCACCCUUCUUCGGCUGGAGUGCGUAUGUGCCUGAGGGGCUGCUGACGUCCUGCUCCUGGGACUACAUGACCUUCACGCCCCGGGUGCGUGCCUACACCAUGCUGCUCUCCUGCUUCGUGUUCUUCCUCCCCCUGCUUGUCAUCAUUUGCUGCUACAUCUCUAUCUUCAGGGCCAUCCGGGAAACAGGCCGGGCCUGCGAGGGCUGCGGCGAGUCCCCUCGGCGGCGGCGGCAGUGGCGUCGACUGCAGAGUGAGCGGAAGAUGGCCAAGGUGGCACUGAUUGUCAUCCUCCUCUUUGUACUCUCCUGGGCUCCCUACUCUACCGUGGCCCUGGUGGCCUUUGCUGGGUACUCGCACAUCCUGACGCCCUACAUGAGCUCAGUGCCAGCUGUCAUUGCCAAGGCUUCUGCCAUCCACAACCCCAUUGUUUAUGCCAUCGCUCACCCCAAGUACAGGGCAGCCAUUGCCCAGCACCUGCCCUGCCUUGGCGUGUUUCUUGGAGUGUCAGGCCAGCGCAGCCACCCCUCCCUCAGCUACCGCUCUACCCAUCGCUCCACACUGAGCAGCCAGUCCUCCGACCUCAGCUGGAUCUCUGGACGGAAGCGGCAAGAGUCCCUGGGUUCUGAGAGUGAGGUGGGCUGGCCAGACACGGAAGCAGCGGCCGUGUGGGGGGCUGGCCAGCACGCAAGUGGACGAUUUUCCUGCAGUCAAGACCUGGAAGAUGGGGAAGCCAGGGCUCCUUCCAGCUCCCAGACCAAGAGACAUCUCCCCAGCCUGGACCUCAGGAUGUAG